AUGAGGCCCCAGGCCUGGGCAGUCUGCUCCCUGUUCCUCCUGCUGCUGGCCCUGACGGAGCCAACUAAGAACUCUGACUUCCACCUGGCUGGGGACUACCUCCUGGGUGGCCUCUUCACCCUCCAUGGCAAUGUGAAGGGCAUCAUCCACCUCAACUACCUGCAGGUGCCCAUGUGCAAGGAGUAUGAAAUAAGGGUGGUGGGCUAUAACCUUAUGCAGGCCAUGCGCUUUGCGGUGGAGGAAAUCAACAACCACAGCAGCCUGCUGCCAGGCGUGCUGCUGGGUUAUGAGAUGGUGGACAUCUGCUACGUCUCCAACAGCAUCCAGCCCGUGCUCUACUUCCUGGCACAUGAGGACUCCUUCUUGCCCAUCCAGGAUAACUACAGAGACUAUAUGCCCCGUGUGGUGGCUGUCAUUGGCCCUGACAACUCAGAGUCCGCCAGCACUGUGGCCCACCUCCUCUCCCUCUUACUCCUUCCACAGAUCACCUACAGUGCCACCAGCGAUGAGCUGCGUGACAAGCGGAGUUUCCCCUCGUUGCUGCACACGGUGCUGGGCGCAGAGCACCAAAUUAGGGUCAUGGUGCUGCUGAUGCUGCAGUACCGCUGGAACUGGAUCAUCGUGCUGGUGAGCGGUGACGAGUACGGUCGCAAGAACAGCCACCUGCUCCGCGAGCAGAUGGCGGGCCAGGGCAUCUGCAUAGCCUUCCAGGAGACGCUGCCCACGCCGCAGCCCAAUCUGGCCAUGACGGUGUACGAGCGCGAGCGCCUGGUGACCAUUGUGGACAAGCUGCUGCAGAGCUCCGCUCGCAUCGUGGUCCUAUUCUCACCCGACCUGGCCCUGAACAACUUCUUCCUCGAGGUGCUGCGGAAGAACCUCACAGGCAUCGUGUGGAUCGCCUCCGAGUCCUGGUCCAUCGACCUGGUCCUGCACAACAUCACCGAGCUGCGCCACACAGGCACCUUCCUGGGCAUCACCAGCAAGAACGUGCCUAUCCCGCGCUUCAGAGAGUUCCGGGUGCGCAAUAACCAGGCCGGGCCGCCCACACCCAACAAGACCAGCACACCGGAGACCUGCAACCAGGAGUGCGACACCUGCCUGAACACCACCAAGUCCUUUGACACCAUCCUUACGCUGUCUGGGGAGCGCGUGGUCUAUAACGUGUACUCUGCAGUUUACGCCGUGGCCCACGCUUUGCACAGCCUCCUGGGAUGCAAUGAGACCACCUGCUUCAAGGAGGUGGUGUACCCUUGGAAGCUACUUCAGGAGAUACGGAAGGUCAAUUUCUCCCUCCUGGGCCACCAAAUCUUCUUCGACAAGCAGGGAGACCUGGCUGUGGGCCUGGAGAUCAUCCAGUGGCGAUGGGACUUGAACCAGAACCCUUUCCAGAGUAUCGCCUUCUACCAUCCUGCACAGGGGCAGCUGUUGCACGUCUCCCCCAUCUCCUGGAACACCCCCAACAACACGAUCCCCUUGUCCAUGUGCUCCAGAAGCUGCCAGGCUGGGCAGAGGAAGAAGCCGGUGGGCCUCCACCCCUGCUGUUUCGAGUGCAUCGAUUGCCUCCCUGGCUCCUUCCUCAACCAAUCAGAUGAAUUUGACUGCCAGCCCUGCCCAAAUUAUGAGUGGUCCCAUAGGAGGAGCACCUUCUGCUACAAGCGACAUAUGGCCUUCCUAGAAUGGCACGAGGCACCCACCAUCUUUGUGACUGUGUUGGCUGCCCUGGGCUUCCUCAGCACACUGGCCAUCCUGGUUAUCUUCUGGAGAUACUUCCAGACACCCAUGGUCCGCUCGGCUGGGGGCCCUAUGUGCUUCCUGAUGCUGACGCCACUGCUGGUGGCAUACCUGGCAGUGCCGGUGUACGUGGGGCAGCCCACAGUCAUCACCUGCCUCUGCCGCCAGUCCCUCUUCACCCUCUGUUUCACCAUCUGCAUCUCCUGCAUCACCGUGCGCUCUUUCCAGAUUGUUUGUGUCUUCAAGAUGGCCCUCCGCCUCCCCAGGGCCUACAACUACUGGGUCCGCUACCACGGGCCCUAUGUCUUUGUGGCAUUCUUCACUGUACUCAAGGUGGUCAUUGUGGUGGGCAGCGUGCUGGCCACGACCACCGUCCCCACCAUGCUCAGUGACCCGGAUGACCCCAAAAUCAUGAUUCUCUCCUGCAACCCCAAUUACCACAAGGUGCUGCUGCUCAGCACCAGCUUGGACCUCUUCCUCUCAGUGGUGGGCUUCAGCUUUGCCUACAUGGGCAAGGAGCUGCCCACCAACUACAGCGAGGCCAAGUUCAUCACCCUGAGCAUGACCUUCUACUUCAUCUCCUCCGUCUCCCUCUGUACCUUCAUGUCUGUCUACCAGGGUGUGCUGGUCACCAUCCUGGACCUCUUGGUCACUGUGUUCAACCUCCUGGGCAUCAGCCUGGGCUACUUCGGCCCCAAGUGCUACAUGAUCCUCUUCUAUCCGGAGCGCAACACGCCAGCUUACUUCAACAGCAUGAUUCAGGGCUACACCAUGAGGAAGGACUAG